UUUAAGAAUACGAAAAAUGAAUUAAGAUAUUUAAAAUCAAGUGGUAACUUUGUCGAACAAUUUUCAGACGGCGAAUUAUUAAUUGUUAUCGGACUCAUCGAAGUCUCGAAGAUUGCUUGGAAGGAAAACACCCUACCACAUUCAUAAUUGUGCCCGACUCGUCAUGUAUAUUACAUACUCAAAGUUUUAGUGGUAUGGUCAUGAAUAAAUAUUUUAUCCUGGGACCAAGGACCAAGUUCAUUGUAUACACUAGCCAUAUGUCGCUGUAUACACUAUAGCCAAUAAAAGUUAGACGCGGUUAAAGUACAAACAAUGAUUGUGCAAACUUUAUUAUUUAUAACGGUUUCCAAUUAUUUCAUGUGCAAUCGACAUUAAGACAAUUACUAUUCUCGAUAUAAAACUCGCGAAAAAUGCCAAAUAUAUAUCAGUUCAGUUACAACUAGAAACAAUUUAACUUGUUUUCAAGUAUCUAAACCAAAAUUAUGAUUUCUAAGAUUCUAGCCGUCGCAGUCAUUGUCGCUUUUGUAGCGCAAUUUGACAUCGCAAACGGCUAUGGCGUUGCCUUCUCUUCCAGUCAUUUCUCGAAGCACGAUGGUCAUCCAGAAGUCGUUCAUGGUCACGGCCACCAUGCUAACUACCACACGCGCCCUCACUACACAUUCGACUACAAAGUAGAGGACCACCACACGGGCGACAUGAAGUCUCAGCACGAGUCACGAGACGGCGACGUAGUGAAGGGCUACUACUCGCUGCACCAGCCCGACGGCUCCGAGAGAUCCGUUCACUACCACGGAGACCAUCAUACUGGAUUCCACGCGGAUGUGAAGUAUGCCACUCACCAUAUUGUUCCUCAUCAUCAUAAACAGUUGAACUUGUCACAUCACAAUAUCUCCAACAAUAUGUAUUCUAAGGUUCUAUGCAUUGCAGUCAUUGUAGCUUUUGCAGCGCAAUUUGACAAUGCGAACGGCUAUGGCGUAGCUUUCUCUUCCAGUCAUUUCUCCAAGCAUGAUGGCCAUCCGGAAGUCGUUCACGGUCACGGUCACCAUGCUGACUACCAUACGCACCCUCACUACACAUUCGACUACAAAGUAGAGGACCACCACACGGGCGACAUGAAGUCUCAGCACGAGUCACGAGACGGCGACGUAGUGAAGGGCUACUACUCGCUGCACCAGCCCGACGGCUCCGAAAGAUCCGUUCACUACCACGGAGACCAUCAUACUGGAUUCCACGCGGAUGUGAAAUACGCCACGCAUCACAUUGUUCCUCAUCAUCACCAUUAUUAG